AUGUCGUCGGCGAGCGACGUCGAAAGCGACGGCACUCCUACGCAGCCCCUGCUCGACGCACUCUCGACUGCGCGCUUCCAGCAGCGGCUGCUCUCCCUUGUCGGCGAGAAGGAGGGUGCCGAGCGGCGCGUCCAAGAGCUCGAGCGGAGCGUCCAUCACGCCGAGGCGACGCUCAAGGCUGCACUCGACAGCAGGAGCGAGGUGCAGGCCAACCUGCGUGCGUCGGAGCGCCGCAUACAGGAGGCCGAGGCUGCGGCCGACCGCCAUCUUGCGGCGGUGGAGUCGGAGAAGCAGCGCUACGCCAUCCUGGCUCGGCUCGCCGACGACCAGGCGGCCGAAUCCAAGGCAAAGAUCAGCGCACAGGGCGAGCAGCUGCACGUACUGAACGAGCAGCUCGGGGCUGCGAACCGGGCGGUAGGCACACUGCGUGCUCACCAGUCCUCCUCGGAUCAACACAUCGAGUCGUUCCACGCCAAGGUCUCGGAGGUGACGCUCAUGCUCGAGACGGUGCGUGCUGCGGAGCGCACCUGCCGCGGCACGGUGGGCCGCAUCGUGGAGGAGCAGAGCAGCGCCCGCUUGCAGCUCUCCGCCAUUGAGCGCACCCAGGCCUCGGUUGUCGGCCGCGCCAAGCUUGUCGCGCAGCUCAAGGCGGCUCGAGAGGUGGCCAAGGAGAAGGACGCGCUCAGCAGCUCCCGACUCGAGGAGAUGAAGGUACGCGCUUGCCAGAGACUAGCCUGA